GGGUGGUUUUGGGGUGGGGGCGGACGGAAGUCUUGCCAAUUCAAAUUGUUGUUUGUUGACGGAUGCUGAACAGGACUGAUACAAAAUAUGGAUUUGUGUAAUCUAAGUGGAAAAGUAGCUUUGAUUAGCGGUGCCAGUUCUGGUAUUGGUGCCGGUACUGCAGUGUUGUUUAGUAAACUUGGUGCAAAGUUGGCUAUUACUGGCAGGAAAGAAGACAACUUGAAGAAAACUGCCGAUGAAUGUGAAAAAAAUGGUUCUAAGCCAUUAAUCGUUGUGGCUGACCUUUCAAAGGAAGAUGAUGUCAAAACUAUUAUGGAGAAAACCAUUUCUCAUUUUGGAAAACUAAACAUUUUGGUGAACUGUGCUGGAAUUUUAGCAUAUGGGAGUAUUGAAACCACAAGCUUGGAACAAUAUGACGAAGUCUUUAACAUUAACGUACGGUCUGUCUUUCAGUUGACCAUGUUAGCAGUGCCUCAUUUGAUAGCAACACAGGGAUCUGUAGUGAAUGUUUCCAGUAUAGACGGUCUAAGAGCUUUUCCUGGAGGUCUUGUUUACAACAUGUCUAAAAGUGCUUUGGACCAGUUCACUUGUACUGUUGCUCUUGAGUUGGCAUCAAAGAAAGUGCGUGUAAACAGUGUCAAUCCUGGGGUUAUUGUUACUGACCUACAGAAGAGAGGAGGCAUGAGUGAAGAAGUUUACACUCAGUUUCUAGAGAAAUCCAGAAGGACCCAUGUUCUUGGACGUGUAGGAGAAGUCGAUGACAUCUCUACAGCAAUUGCAUUUUUAGCCUCUGACGCCAGUUCCUUCAUCACAGGGGCCUUGUUUCCUGUUGAUGGUGGCAGACACAUCACAUGUCCACAGGCUACAUAUUCAGAAGUCACAUAUUAACAAUAAAAACAGCAGAACAAGACUUUUGCCCUUUUCAUUUUCUUCAUCUAAGGUUUUUCUUUCAGAGAUGAAUGGAAAUUAUUUUGUUUUUUCUCCUUGUUUUUCUGUCUACAACAAUUUACAUUGUCAGUUCUGUUGCAAAGAGUUCCAGCUGGCCAACAAUGUAGAGUAGAAUUCCACCUGAUCUGAAUGAAAAUAGGACCUAUGAGUUAGUCACAGCACCCGUCAGCAAUUUCGAAUGAGAAGCAAAGUGACUAGUUUGAUCUUUCUUAAAACUCACCUAUUACCACUUCUCUCUUUCAGGCUAUUAAAAAUAAAUAACACAAAGCAAAUUAUUUGAAAUAUAAGCAAAAAUGCAAUGUUAAACAUAGCAUUUGUAUAGAAGUUCUCAACUAUUUUUUUUAUUCCACUCUCCUUCAUUAUCUUAAUAAUAGUAAAGAAAAUCUUGAAUUAAGAAUUUAUAACAC